AGUUUACGGAAAAGAAAAUGGGCGCUGCUACAUGUUUUGUAUUAUUCGUUCUGUGUGUUAACGUAACCGUUCUAGGGUCACAUUUUCGUGGUGGAACCUUGUCAUGGACGUUCAUAAAUGAGACAACAAUACAGUUACGGUACAGAUUAUCAUGGCGUCAGAGGGAAGAGUUCAAAACACUUUGCAAUCAGGAACACGUUACCGCGCAAGCUUUGGUUGGUCGAGAGCAACAAAUACAAUGUAUAUUUGGAUGCAAGGAAGACAUUGCAGUACAAACAUCGGUGUGCACAGAUUUUAGCCCUGUGGCGGAGGAAGACGUGUCAAGUGGCCAAGGAUUUAUUACGUACACGUCGAAUACACCACAUUUUGAGCUUAGGAUGUUUGGAUAUUCAUGGGUGUCUCUGGUUGCCGGAGGACGACGCUGGUCAAUGGUAACAGAUGUUAACCUGAAAGUAAAAAAACCUGGAGGCAGAGUGAAUAAUUCCCCUACCGUUGAUAUUCCAGCAAUUAUUCAUUUCCAUAGAGGAUGUUCUCAUGUGUUAAAAUUGCCUGUUUCAGAUAUCGAUGGCGAUAAUGUACGCUGCAGAAAGGCACUAUCAAAUGAUGAAUGUGGUGACGUGUGCCAAUCAUUUGACGAACUAAUUCUGAACGAGGACACUUGUACAUUGCAUUAUACCCCGUCCAAGAAUUCUAACACUCUUCUUGGAUUCUACGCUAUUGCAAUUCAAAUAGAAGAUUACGAGGGGAACGAAAGAACACCACUAAGUAGCAUACCACUGCAAUUUCUACUGAAGCUAGAUGAAACUGAUAACUGUACGGAACCAUCUUUUCUUCCGCCAACCCCCGAGCAUGAGCAGUGCUUCAGAUUGAAUGUUGGAGAAGUGUUUUCUGCAAAUAUUACAGCCCAAGGCAAACAAAAACUGCAAUAUGUCAUUACCUCAUCCCCGAUAGGAAUGCAAAGGUCCGGUCUUACACGCGGGUAUGAAAAUGGAUCACAUUUUGCUUCUGUUGCAAUGUCAUGGACCCCUACUGCGAAACAAACGAACGAAAACCAUAUAUUGUGUUUCUAUGUCGUAGAUAUAUCAAGAAUUUCAAGCCAGGUACGAUGCAUAUAUUUGCCAGUAUCAGUUGGCGACCCGAGGCCACUUGAGGCGGCCUUUGUAAGUGGCAGCGAAAUUAUUGUGACCUUGAACAAAAAUUUUCAGCUGCCAUCUAUUCCACCGGAAGUCAUUCUAUACACACAACAAACGGAAUAUGUAAGCGUGUUUUACGAGCGCUUCUCACAACAUUUAGUCCGGGUACACUUUGAAACUAUUCCUAUGGAUGCCAAUUCUUAUAGGUUACGCAUUCCAGAUGGUUUUGUGGUCGACCAACUACAAUUUUGUUUGAAACCUUCAAUAGAAAUGAAUCUGACUGUUCGAAAUGCAUAUGACAACGAGUGCGCGACGGAUUUCCCUGAUAACGGAUGUAGUCAGAUCUGCCGCGCCGGCCAUAGGAGCUGCAUAGAUAUCUACGUAUGCAUACUCAGGUGCGAGGCUCAGUGCGUAUUUGGAAAUUACGGAAAUUCAUGUAUAGCAGCUACAACACCAGUCGCAACGCCAAGCUUAACGGGUGCUCCAGUCACAACGCCAAGCUCGACGGUUGCUCCAGUCACAACGCUAAGCUCGACGGUUGCUCUAGUCACAACGCCAAGCUCGACUACAACGGUUCGUUUCUUCAGGACUACAGUGUCAAGUACCGAAGGUCAUGCCAUGACAAACCUCAUUGAUUAUCUCGGAUCGGAAAUAAUACAGAGCCAUAGCUCUUCACAGUAUGAUAGUUGGAGUGCUCGCAGGGCAAUCGAUGACGAUUUCGGAUCUUGUGACUGUGAACUAUGUGAUUGCUGUUUUGGAAGUAUCAACGAAGCCGAAGCAUGGCUAAGUAUAGAUCUUGGACGACCCCACCCAAUUAGCACGAUUAAGCUCUACGCAGCUAGUGAGGAAAUCAGCUACCGUCAUCUCGGAGGGUUUAAAAUAUACUUUGCUAACGAUCGAUCCAUCAAUUCUUCGAUUGACGACCUGAAAUUUUUUAUGGCGUAUGAGGACAAAAAUACAACAUACCGCAACGUUCACGUAAUAAAUUUCGAUAAAGUGCAUUGUGCAAGACAAAUCACAGUGCUGCGACAUGGGACGCUUACUAUCUGUGAACUCCUUGUUUAUAGCAAAGACAGUGACUUGCACACCGUGAACUGUCCUGAAAUUCCGCCCCCUCCAAUCUCCAGUGAAGCCCCACCUUCGAAUAUCACUAUUGCAGUACACAAGACAUUUACAGGUGGAGCUACAGUCAACGUGUUACUCAUUGCAAGCGUCGCCGCUGGCUUGUUUGUGGCUACAUGCAUUGCAGCAGUGUCCAUCUUUAUAUUCUUCAAGCACAAGCAACACAAAUUAUUGCAAUUGACUGCAUCAAUGGAACAAAACGGUUCAAUAAGUUCGGGUCAUUACGAUGAAUUGUCAAUUGAUUUAGAAACUGAGUGUUCUAGGGAAUCUUCAUUAAACUCUCCGUACCACCUACCUGACGACGACAACGACGCGAUACCAUGCGGUGGAAGCAGUGCGAUUUAUGUCGUCGGCGGAAUAUUAGACAAUGACCAUUAUGACAGUAUAAACAGCGAUCUCCAUACACCGCAGUUUGUAUCUACAGAAGACGGAAGCGACACUAGUUACGCAUUUGGCCGGAUUUCACAGAACUGUGAAACUUACAAUGAACCUUCUACAGACCAAUAGUGUAUAUAUUCAAGUAAAAAGACGAUACCAGUUGUAGGAAUCCUUUAUGGAGAUAUAUGUGUAGAACAGUCAGACAAUGUAAACCACUGCACAUAGCAUGUAUACUAUUAACAUCAUCAGCAUUUAAUUGUUAAAAAAUACAGGGUUUUCAAAUUUUGACAAGAUCAGAUAUGUGGGAAGCAAUGGUUGGACUGCAAAAGCUUACCUGCGAUGUGAUUGUUAGGAAACUUGUGUUUUUACACAAGAUAUUAAGCCUUGAUUGAAAAGGAACAUGUCGAAAUAUUUUUAUACACAGAUAUUGUCAUUACUAUCUUGUAACACUUCCAUAAAGUACGGUUUUAUUCCAUAUAUAUGUAACACACUCUGUAAAUAUGAUCUUUAUUCUGUUAUUAACAAUGUUUUAGUAGAUCCGACAACAUUGCCGAGUAAGUAUGUAUGGAAAAGAACUGUCAAGCAAUUAGUAUACGAGACAGAAAUGUGGAGAUACAGAAUGAUGACAGACUCUGACUUUGUUCGUUUCAGAAUUUUACAACCAACUAUCUCUCCGUCAAUUGUGUACAUGACGUGUUGUCGUGCUGCACAUAGAAACUUUAUGCACGAGGUUGCAAAACUAUGGUGUCGCAGCUGUCGACUUGACUCUUUAACACUUUGUCAAAACUGUAAUGUCCAAACCACGGACAAAAUUGUUCACCUAGUCUGUGAAUGUGCAGCAACAACUGAAUUGCGGACUAAAUAUGUGUGCGCUAUUGCAUGUUUCGGCAUUGAGUUUAUAUCAGAAAUACUUCAAUUGGACGAAUCCAUGUUUACUAUGAAACUGAUGGAUGCACCUUUAGCGCCACUGCUUAACAAUAAUGAAAAUAAGGACUUUCUCCUGAUAUCGUUCCAAUUUAUUGGUGACUGUCUGUUAUGUGUGUAAAUUGUUACGAACAUAUUGUACUACUGUAUGAUGACGAUGCCCACUAAUUGGGAUUCUUUGUGGUGACACCUUAUUUGUAAUAAAUAGUUUUUAUAUUAUUUUUUUAAAUUACACAUUGCUGACAUGUUUCCUUGAAAUGCUUUAAAAAUUAGAUAUAAAUAUAUUAGUACAUAUGUAUGCAUAUCUCCUUUUAAGAGGAAAUAAAGAUUUUGAUUUGA